GAUACACUGGUGUUCAACCAACAGGCUAUGACGAUCCAAAUACUGGCAAAUUUGUUCAUCUACCCGAAAUGAUUCCUUAAUUAAUUGUUCCUGAUUUGACUAGUUUUCCAUUGAGACCUUAUGUUUCCUACAGAACUGAUAUUGAAAUUGAAAAACGAAUUGCCAAUACCGACAAGAUUUUGGCUAAAAACCCCAAAAAUCCUCCAAUCGACAAAAUUUGGCCUCCUCCACUUGUUGACGUCAAAUUACUUUUUGAUUGUUUUUAUGCUGAUGAAAUAAAGAAGAAAUAUUUGGAAACGACAACUGAGAAGAAAAAGAAAAAUGGAUUUUUUGCGUCGCUAAUUAAGA